AACAAUCUUUAGAAGCAAAAGCAAACUUAAAUAUUAUUGUUGUUUCUCCGUAAACGCAGACGCUUGUAAAAACUACCUUCUAAAUCCUUUGAGUGAUCAGGAACGUUUUUGCUCAUAAAGUUAAUUACUGAUAAUGUGAAAUAAAGCAGUGUGACGUAGUAUCGCAUGACUUCUGAGAUCCAGCGGAAUCUUAGCAAGGAUAGUAGGUAACAGCAAGAAACAGUCUUCAGAACGCACAAAAAACAUCAAUAAACCAAAACAAAAAUAUCCAAAAGAGUACAACAAGCUUAAUUCGGAUCGAGCGGAAUGUUUUGGUCGCUUCAAGGCAAAUGAGAUUUUAGAGCUGCAUCAAAAACACUUGUUGCACUUGAUUGCAGUUCUUGUGGUACUGUAGUGACAAUUGCAUUCGCAGUUUUGCCGUGCGAAUCAUUCGAAAUGUUUGAAGGCUUGCGCUGUUUCCUAAGUGUCGAUACUCUUUUAGUUCCGCUGUAUACAUAUUGUGGAGCUAAACUAGUGUUCAGACUAUCAAAUGAUGACCACAUAACAAAAAUUAUCUUCGUUGCACUAUUACGACUGCUAUUUACGUUAGUUGUUACACCACUACUAUUGGUGGCAUUUUUGUUAUUUUCAAUACUAGCUGAUGUUGUACGUUUUAUUGCAAAACUAUAUUUUCGCGGUGAUUUUGUGGAUUUUGCAACUGGCGGCGAUGCAAUGUACUCCGAUGAUCAUAGAAUAGGAAAAGGGAUAAUUCCAGCUGUCUACUAUAUCGAAGAAAAAUACGCGGAUUCAGCCCAUCUUUUAAUGGAACAUAUAAAAUCUGCCUCAUUAAAAGCACAAACAAAUCAUCCAAGAUUACGAUGCAUACAAAAGAAAUUUUUGUGUUACAUCUUCUUUCUAAGAUCUCCGCCUAUUGGAUUAGAUUUUAUUACAUAUUUUGACGAUUAUAAAAGUGACGAUGAUUUCCAAAAUAUUUUGAAUGAAAAAAUUGGAAGUGUUUUGCCAUUGAAUAAUACAUUUUUAUGGGAAAUUACCAUUGGCAAGAAAUCGGUAAAAGUGCAAGACAAGAAUUGUAUUCCGUUGUUGUUUCGUUUACAUCAUUCACUUGGGGAUGGUGUGACAUUAAUGACAUUGCUAAUGACAAAUUACGCUGAAAAUGGAUGUGAAAAUAUUCGAGUUCUAUGUGAUAACUUGAAGAAACUGCAAAUGCGCGGUACCUCGAAGAAAUCACCAAAAAGAAUGUAUAAUGUCAUUGAUGAUUUUAUGAAAUCUUUGUUAACAUUUAUAAACUACAUUUGGAACAAAGAGUUCUAUUUUGGGUUUGACUUCUUAAGGGAUGCUGAAGUAAAAUAUUCAUGGCACAAUGAACCCAGUGGUGAUAUAUCUUUGCACAUGGUAGGAAUUGAUCAAAAUAAACAAUUUGUUGAAAAAGUGAAGGAAAUUAAAAACAAAUUGAAUGUGUCAUUUAAUGAUGUAAUUUUGGGUGUAAUAGCUGCAAGUUUUACCAAACAUUUUCUACAAAACAAACAGGUCUGUCCUCCUACUAUCGUCACGCUCAAUCCAUACAACUUAAAUGCAAACAAUUUCAAUGAUCUGCUUAGUUUUAAUGCAUUAAAAGAACCAGUAACCAAGUUAGGCAAUAAAUUCACCAUUGGAAUGAUAUCUUUACCCAUAAAAGAAGAAUAUCUAAAGGACCCAAAGAUGUUUAUUACCGAACAACAUAAAAUUACUAAGUACUUGAAACACUCUGUGGAUUUCCAGUAUAUGUUUUGGAUGGUGCAUAAAAUAGUAUCAAUUGUACCACUACCUAUUGUGAUUCCGCUUCACAAUUUAUACCGUCCAUCAACGUUGGUCACAAAUUUACCGCCGCUGACUGCUGUUAGAAUUAUUGACCACGACAUCGUUGACAUGAUGCUUUCUUCUGUUCAUUGCUAUGAUGUCUCCACUUGCAUUAGUAUAUUCUCAUACAAUAACAAUUUUCACGUAUCCACAAUGAUGGAUAAAAAUUGCAUAAAUUUUGAACAACAAAAAAUAUUUAGCAAUAAUAUUUUCGAUUUUGUUGAUCAGAUUUAUGAAAAGUUGUAAAUAUUGGUUUUACAUGUAAUUUGUAUAAUAAUAUUUUCGACAACAUAAUUGUGCAAGAAAUAUUUCGAAAAAGUUAAAAGUAGAUACUGCGCAAACAUUUUUUAUGGUAGAAUGUGUUGAAUUUGCAAGUACACGUUAUAAAUAAUACAACGGUUAUGCAACCUAAGUUUAAAUCGUAUGAGCCGAUGUUAAUUGAUGGGCAAAUAUUAAUUAUGAUUUUAUAAUAGCCUCUUUUGAUGACAGUAGCAUAAAACUCAAAAACAUGUUUUUAACUUUAUUUUUAAUUGCUUGUAAUUGAAGUAAUUUGCAAAAUGCUGGUUGGUAUUAAAUCGGUAAUAUGUCAAGAA